AUGGACUGUCCAAUUGAAGAUAUCGAUAAAAAAGAUCCAACUGUUGAACAGAAUACCGAUGUGAAUUUCGUUUAUAAUGAUACUGAUGAAUACAGUGUAGAAAUUGCUGGUAAAAAAAUACUCAAUUAUUUACUUGUUAUAGAAUUAUAUAGUUAUUCUGAAGAGCCAGAAUUUCAUAAAAAUCGUGAAUGUUUUGAAAAAGAAUUUCAUAAAUUUGUACCAGUAAAAUGGUUUGAAGCUAGUACUGUUGAACGUCAUUCACAUAUUCAACGUUUAUUAAAUAAUUUAGAAUGUGGUAAUGUCAACAUACGUCAAACAGCUACACGAUCAUUAUUAUAUUUAUUACAAGGAAAUUUUGGUGAUUGUGACUUGGAAGAAGAUCAAAUUACAUGGGCUAGACAUAAUGUUUAUUUAUGCAUUGAAUGUGGUCUAUUCCAAUCGAUUAUUGAAUUGUUAUUAUAUGAAAUUAAUUAUGAUUCAUGGGCUGUCAAUGAUCUACCAUCCAAUACUACUUACAAUGGAUCAAUAAAACCAAAUCAAUCUUCAACUAGUAAUAGCCCAAAUAUAAAUGAUACAAAUCCAGCGAAUUCAGUGACAUCAUCAACACGUCCAUUACAGGCAAUGAUUACAAUGUCGGAUAGUACAAAUCUACGUAUAUUAUUAUCAAUUCUGUAUAUUAUGGUUGAAACUGUUCGUGAUGGUUUGUUGACAGAUUAUGCACAACAAACUAAUUCACUUGAUGGUAAACAUGCAUCAACGGCAAUCAAUAAUCAAACUAUUAAUCAUGAUUCAAUGAUGAAAUUAAGAGAACAAUUUGUUGAAGAUUUAGCUAUGCCAAUUGGAAGAAAUGGUGAUCUUACAUUAACUGUUGUACUAUUCGGUAUGAUUCAUCGUUUUUGCAGUGGUUUAGAUCCACAUUUUCCAAUGAAAAAAGUUCUUUUAUUACUUUGGAAAGUUUUGUUAAUAACCCUGGGUCCUUUAAGCAGUUUAUUGGUACGUAAAAAUCAAGCACGUGCUCGUUAUGGUCUACCACCAGUUUUGGAGGAUUCAACGCAUGUGAUUCAAAAAGUUCGUGCAAGUAGUCCACCUGUAAUGUGUAUUACAGAUCAAGUACUUUCUAGAAUGCAACGUAAUAGUAGUGGUAACAAUAAUAAUAAUAACAAUCGACAUCCGAUCUUAAAUCAAUCGAAUCAAUCUCCUCGACAAGGUAGUUUAGCUGGUGGUCGUUUAGCGUUUGAACAACAACAGCAUCAACAACAUCAACAACAACAAUCUGUUGUCACUUCAAUGACUUUUACAUUUUCAGCUGAUUCAUCUAAACUUCCUGUGAUUGAGAAUCAAUCUCAAUCAACUACAACAUUUUCAACAACAACAGCAACAGCCACAGGUUUUGAUACACCUCGACCAAGUUCACCUGUAUCAUCCGAUACUACUAAUACUAAUGUUGAUGGUAUAAUUAAUCGUGAUCUUACUAAUAAUACUACUACUAUUACCAAUGAACUAUUGACUUCAUCUCAUUUAUUAAAUCAAACACCCUUUAAUCAUCAUCAUCAAGUUAUCUUACCGGGUUUAUCAAAUUUAUACAUGGAUGAGAAGAGUUUACCAUGGAAACCGAAAGUGAAAAAGAAAGAUUUAGAGGCAUUUUUAACAAAUGUUCGCUUAAAAUUUAUUGGUUUUCAUGUACCAAAUGAUAUAGUCUCAUUGGCUGGUUUACCGGAACCAAUUCAUGAAGCUGUACGUGUAAUGCGUGAACAUCUUUAUAUUUCAUUAGGUGAAAUGCAAAUUGAACGUGAAAAUCAAAUCGCACAAAAUCCUUUAUCUAUGUCAGGUGAAUCAAUACCGGAUACACCAGUUGAACGACUUUAUCGUGCAUUAUAUCCUCUACUGCCACAAUAUAUGAUUGCUUUAUUGAAAGUUCUAUUAGCUGCUGGGCCUACUUCACGUACGAAAACUGAAUCGAUCAAUAUUUUAGCGGAAAUGACACCGGAAGUAAUGCCUACUGAUGGAACUGAAGAAAUUAUUCUUGACAGUGAUAGUAAACGUCAUCGUGAAAUUAUUGUCAAAUCUAUAUCAGCUUCAUUAUUACUAUUAUUGAAACAUUUCAAAUUGAAUCAUAUUUAUCAAUUUGAAUAUGUUUCACAAUAUUUAGUAUUUGCAAAUUGUAUACCAUUAAUAUUGAAAUUUUUCAAUCAAGAAAUUACUUGUUAUAUUACAUCGAAAAAUACACUUUCAUGUUUAGAAUUUCCAGCUCGUUUAAUUGGAGAACAAGAAGCGCUAUCGAUCGAUAUGGUUUAUGGGGAUUGGGUUUCCUGUUGUUGGCGUAAUAUGUUUUCAUGUAUUAAUCUGUUAAGAAUAUUAAAUAUGUUAACUAAAUGGAAACAUUCAAGAAUUAUGCUUCUUGUUGUAUUUAAAUCUGCACCAAUAUUAAAACGUGCACUGCGUGUACGACAUGCAAUGCUUCAGUUGUAUGUAUUGAAAUUAUUAAAAUUACAAAGUCGUUAUUUUGGUCGUCAAUGGCGUAAAAAUAAUAUGUCAAUUAUGUCAGCUAUUUAUCAAAAAGUUCGUCAUCGUUUGACAGAUGAUUGGGCUUAUGGUAAUGAUGUUGAUGCUCUACCAUGGCAAUUUCAAGUAGAAGAAUGUUCAUUACGUACUAAUGUUGAUCAAUUCAAUCAACGUCGUUAUUCGGAUAAUUGGAUUGAUCCAAAUUAUAAACCAGUAGAUAAUUGUUUAACUAGUGUCCUAUUGAAUCAAUCCAACAUGGAAUUAUCAAAUGAAUUUAAAGAGAAUUAUGAAAAAUGGCUGGAAGAAGAAGUAUUCUCUGUACCAAUUAAUUGGUCACAUGUAUUAUCAGCGCAUUGAAAUGUGCGCGCGCGUGAAUAAGCUGCUGCUUUUUUUGUUCUGUUCAAAUUUCAAUGAAUUCCCGCACUUUUUCUUUGAUGACACCAACAGCUUUGCUUUUUUUCACGAUUAUUAUUUAUUUUCUUGUUUUAUUUUUAAUGAAUGAAUGGAUGGAUAUGUGUGUAGACCGGUUUAUGUUUGCAGUGUACUACUACUAUUAAUACUACUACUAACACUACUACUAAUAUACACUUACUAGACGACGUAGAAAAUAAAACUACAUUAUUUUUAGUGCAAUGUAAUUAUGAAUUCUUGUAAUUAUUUGCUUGCAUUAUAUAAAAAAUUUAUAUUUUAUUUUUCAACACCUUUUAUCAACAACUGUACGACUUUACAAAAAAAGACAAUGUCUUUUGAAUUCUAUAUAUUAUAUUAUAUAUAUAAAUUUCUGUUUGCUCAUUUUGAUUUGAAUUGUAUAAGACAACUGUUAACGUAUUGCACGUA